AUGUUGCGCGAAGCCUUGGGCCUGGUGGCCCGCGAGGCCAACGAGAAUGGCGUCAUUGCCAUCACCGACCCGUGGCCCGUCAAAGACAUCGUAUACUGCGCCAUUGUUGGCGGAGUCAUGCUCAUGGCCCUUCUCGAAUGGUUCCUCUGGGUCGCUGCUUUCCUGUACUGCCUUGUCAAGGUCUACCAGAAGGCCGAAACCACCAGCAUCAAGGUCCUGGCCGUCAUCAUCAGCAUCGUCUUCACUCUGCUCAGAUGCAUUUUCCUCCCCAUCAUGGUCGUCACUCUCCCGCUCCCUUCCCAGGUCACGCAGACCUUCCCCCAGGUCAUGGUCGAAUUCUUCCAAUGGUUCGCUUUCUGGUCCUUCGCUGGUCUGCUCACUAUUCCUUGGCUUUUCUGUGUCUACCAGCUGGUUACACACUCCAUUGGUCGCACAAAGCGGAUCAAGCAUGUCUUGGACGAGGCUUCCGCUCCCAAAGUCGUCAUCAUCUUGCCCUGCUACAAGGAAAUGCCCGAAGUCCUCAUGCGCACCUGCGACUCCCUGGUCGACUGCGAAUACCCGCCCUCGUGCCUGCACAUCUUCCUCUCUUUCGACGGUGACCAGGAGGACGAACUUUACCUGAACACGAUCGAGAAGCUUGGCGUGCCGCUCACCCUGGACACAUACCCCAAGAGCAUCGACGUGACCUACCGCAGCUGCCGCAUCACAGUCUCCCGGUUCAAGCACGGCGGCAAGCGACACUGCCAGAAGAGCACCUACAAGCUCAUCGACAAAAUCUACUCCGAGUACCUCAAGCGGAACGACAACCUUUUCGUGCUGUUCAUCGAUUCGGACUGCAUCCUGGACAAGGUCUGCAUCCAGAACUUCAUGUACGAAAUGGAGCUCAAGCCCGGAAGCAAGCAGAACAUGUUGGCCAUGACUGGCGUCAUUACCUCUACUACCGAGAAGAACAGUCUGAUCACGAUCCUGCAGGACAUGGAGUAUAUCCACGGCCAGCUUUUCGAGCGUUCUGUCGAGUCCGGCUGCGGUGCCGUCACGUGCUUGCCCGGCGCCCUUACCAUCCUGCGUUUCUCUGCCUUCCGUAAGAUGGCCAAGUACUACUUCGCCGACAAGGCCGAGCAGUGCGAGGAUCUCUUUGACUACGGCAAGUGCCACUUGGGCGAGGAUCGCUGGCUGACUCACUUGUUCAUGAUUGGAGCAAAGGAGCGCUACCAGAUCCAGAUGAACACUGGCGCUUUCUGCAAGACCGAGGCCGUUCAGACGUACAAAAGUUUGCUCAAGCAGCGCCGCCGUUGGUUCUUGGGAUUCAUCACCAACGAGGUUUGCAUGCUUACAGACAUUCGCCUUUGGAAACGCUACACCAUCCUUUGCAUCGUUCGUUUCAUGCAAAACACCAUCCGGACCACUGCUCUGCUUUUCUUCAUCAUGGUCAUCUCCAUCAUCACCACCUCCCAGAAGAUUUCGAACUUGCCCGUCGGUUUUAUUGCCGUGUCUCUCGGUCUCAACUGGGUUCUCAUGCUCUACUUCGGCGCCAUGCUCGGCCGUUACAAGAUCAUGCUCUACCCGAUCAUGUUCGUUGUGAACCCCUUCUUCAACUGGUGCUACAUGGUUUACGGAAUCUUCACCGCUGGACAGCGCACCUGGGGUGGUCCUCGUGCCGACGCCGGAUCGGCCGACAGCAGCACCACUCCCCAGGCCGCCAUCGAGCAUGCCGAAGCCACCGGCGACGAUCUCAACGUGGUACCCGAGACGUUCAAGCCCGCCGUCGAGAUUGCGCGCAAGAAGUCGAAGAAGGAGGGACGUGCGGCCCAGUUGCCACUCCAGCCGGCGGACCACUUGGAGGGUCGUUUCGCGCCUGCGAACAGGCUUCCAGGAGGUUGGUACGAGCAAGGCAACGAUUCUGGUCUCACGCUCCCAGAUAUGCUUCCCCGCGACCCGAACGCGCCACGCCUGCCGCUCCACCCUCGCGAGUCCUUCGAUUCGUUCGUCACGCAGACGUCGGGCGGCAACAACUCGAUCUACAUGCCUCGCCGCGUCGAGUCCGUCAUGGACGUCGAGGGCGUCGCCGCGUACCACCUCGCCCAAGCUGCUCAGCGUCCAGCAGGUGGUGCCUUCUAUGAGCAGGGUCCUGGCGACGCACAGUACGGGCCCGUCAGUCAAGGCAAGCCUGGUUUCCACGAGUCUAUUGACUCACUCGAUAGCUCCAACUACGGCUACUACGAGCGCAAGGAUCUUCGCGACCUUUCUCCGAGCCGCGAUCAAUCUGAUCGCCAGCAACACACGCGCGUCGCAAGUGAGAACAGCAUGUACUCCUCGCGUUCCAAGUCCCCCGGUCCCGGUUCCUCUCCGCUAGCGGCUGAGCUGAAGGAGUACAACAGCAGUGCCGAGGCCGGCAAGGGCCACCCGGCUCUGGCGUCGGCCCAGCAGCCCACCGACAACAACUCGCCUUACUCGAACUCCAACGCCAGCACCUCCGCCUCCAGCCUCGCGGUGCCUGCGCCCAGCCAUCGCCCCACGGCUUCCAUCGGCAGCGCCGGCCGCCAGGGCCGCAGCCCGCUCGCGCGCGCCAGCUUCGUCCGCACGAGCGAGCACAUGGACCAGGAAUUCGAGAUGCAGGUGCAACAGGGACAACAGCAGCAGCAGACGCCGCUGAUGGAUCCGCGCGACCGCAGCCGCAGCCCGGCCGUCGUCUACAGCGUCCCGGACGUCCAGGUGUACCGGCCCGCCAUGCCUUCUGACGACGACAACACUCCUGCCGCCGCCGUCGCCCAGUCCAGUGCUGCGGGAGCUCAGCAGGAACAGCAGCAGGGCCACUCGCGCACCGGCAGCCGCGACAGCGAGGGCAAGAGGCGGAAGAGGCUGACGAAGCAGCCGCCUAGCAGUCGCAGGCAAAGCCAGGCUGACUGA